GCUCUGCGGGAUGCUCCGGGGGAUCGCACCGUCCUCCUCACGCCUGCCGGGAGCUGAUCGCCCGGUGUGCACAGAGUCUGCUCAGUCCCGAGGCAGCUGCUUCACCUUCAAGCCUGUGAGCGAUGUUUAGGCGGUGGAGGAGAUGGGCUCGUUUCCAAAAGCCUGCAGGACGUCCUGAGUCCCAGCCGUGUCAGCGGAAGCAGGACCAGCCCUUCCUGAGUGCCGGACCCAAAGCCUCUUCUCCUCUGAUGGCUCUGUGAUUCCCCAAAAGUUGAGGGCCCACCGUGACCCACCCUGUGCUUCAGGACGAGGGCUCUGUGGCUGCUGCAGCAUGGUCCAAGCCUGCUUGGUGUGCUCCAGAGUUCAUAAGGGCAGCCUGGCAGCCCAGGCAGCUGUGGCAGACAUGGACAAGCGGGACAAGCCCAGUCCCUCUGCCAAGAAGCACGUGCGUCUCCAGGAGAGGAGGGGCUCCAACGUAUCACUGGUGCUAGACAUGAGCUCUCUGGGGAGCGUGGAGCCCAUCCAGCCUGUCUGCACACCACGGGACAUCACGCUGAAGUUCCUGAGGACAUCCAGCCACGUGCUGAGGAGACAGGAGCUCCAACAGCAUGCCCAGUGCCUGGCACAGCUCCAGGAGGAGUUUUCGAAAAUCCCACCCAACUUUGUGAAUCCAGAGGAACUGGAGAUCCCUGGACGUGCCUUCAAGGACAGAUACAAAACCAUCCUCCCCAAUCCUGAGAGCCGGGUCUGCCUGCGGAGGGCAGGGAAGCAGGAGGAGGACAGCUACAUAAAUGCCAACUACAUCACGGGCUACGCGGGGCGGCCCCGGGAGUACAUCGCCACGCAGGGCCCCAUGCUGCACACCGUGACCGACUUCUGGGAGAUGGUGUGGCAGGAGGAGGCACCCCUGAUCGUCAUGAUCACUGAGCUCCAGGAGCGCAAGGAGAAAUGUGUCCACUACUGGCCUGAGAAGGAAGGCACCUACGGCCCCUUCACCGUGCGCGUGCAGGGGCUGAGCGAGGGCGCGGAGUACGUGGUCCGGGAUCUCUGCAUCCAGCUUGAAGGAGAAUGUCGGGAGGUCAAACACAUCCUCUUCCCUUCCUGGCCGGACCAGCAAACACCCGAGUCAGCCAAGCCUCUGCUGCACCUGGUGUCCAAGGUGGAGGAGACUCUGCAGACUGCAGCCAGCCCAGGGCCCAUCGUGGUGCACUGCAGUGCAGGCAUCGGCCGCACAGGCUGCUUCAUCGCCACCAGGAUGGGGUGCCAGCAGCUGAAGGACAAGGGGGAGGUGGAUAUCCUGGGAAUCGUGUGCCAUCUCCGCAUAGACAGAGGUGGGAUGAUCCAGACGAGUGAGCAGUACCAGUUCCUCCAUCACACUCUAGCUCUCUACGCUUCCCAGCUGCCAGAGGCUGGAGGUCACUAGCACAGGGCUCCCACCAGGCUUCUAGCUCCCCACUCCAACCUCUCCUGCACCAGCCUCGGGGACACCUCCACCAAAACCUCUCCUGACGCUGCCAGGCCACAGAAAAGCAGCACAAACAUCCCUUGGGAUGAGCACAGCUGAGGAAACCCACGGGGGCUGUGGCCUUGGACCCUGGGGACGAGUGAGGUGUGGUGGGUUCACGUGAGGGGUGCACUGGGUGCUCGAGGUGGCUGUUGCUGCUGCCUCGAGGCAGAUUUCACCCAUGGAAAGAAGCUUUGGCUUUUGAGAGGUGCAAGAUCGUGAACCAGAAGAGCAAGCUGUGCAGAGGAACUGCAUGCCUGGGGAGCGCCGGGAGCGCAGUUUGCCUUUUACC